AUGGCAGCAGUACGUGAUUCGUUGUGUAAUAUGGAACCGGUACAAAUUCCAAGGCCACAAAUUUCCGGUUUACAAUUUAUUCCAACGAGAGGUCGAUUGGGAUUCUAUGCGACUAUUCGUCGUGAUGGAGAAAAAUAUGGUGUGGGAAUGAAGCCGAUCGGACCACGAAGACCAGUUCUUUCGGAUGGCUUAUUUACUUAUGACAGUAAUAUCUCGAAGUCAUCAAAUCCCAUAACAGAUGAGGCUGGGAAGAAACAGAAUAUGAAAUCGUCAUCAGAACAAGUAAAACAAGAUUUGCAAUCAGUAAAACUAUCGAGUUUAACAGCAAACACCUCCAAGCCAGUAUCACUUCCAGCACUGGAUAACAAAAAAACUAGUUUGAAUAAGCAAUGA